CGGAGUUAGAAAAGUUUAACUAGCCCCUGUGAAUAGAUUGGCGAUGAUUACCGGAGACAGAAGCAACGGAGCGCUAUCAAAGUCUUCCUCUAAAUAAUGCACUAAAAGUCGCGUCAAUUAACGCUGUCAAAACGCCUACCUACCAUAAAUGCAAAUAGUGGGACAAUCGUAAUAUUAGUGUUUGCAUCGAAAGAUUUCAAGGGAGAAGCGCUUUGAAGAGUUUUCUUAAAAUGCCGGGAAGCUAAAUCUAGUUGAUCUCCUUUAUUAGGAUACUGUAUUUGAAUAUGUCCGAAAGCUGGUGUAUGAGCGCCGCACCGGGCGCUCCUGGCCAGCGGACGCUGCAGCUGGCGCUCCGCGGAGACUGGGCUGCGGUGGAGCAGAGCAUCAGGGCGACACAGAAAGGAGAGCCGGACAUCGCGCAGGUUGACGAGGAGUCCGGCUUGAGUCUACUCAUGAUUGCAGUCAAAGAGAAUCGGCUGAGUAUAGUCGAGAGGCUGCUUGAGCUGGGAGUGAACCCCAAUGAACGGACCAAGGAUGGGCGAACGGCUCUGCAUGUGGCUGCCACGCACUCCAAGGAAGAGGUCAUCAGGCUGCUGGUGAAGCGGGUGGACCCCAGUGUGCUGGGGGGGGCCAAGGAUCAGCUGGCACUGCACUGUGCCUCUGCCCGCCCGGCCGGUGCCCACGCCGCUGUCCAGACCUUGCUCAAGUUUUCCAGCAGAGAGGCGCGCCUCGUACAAGACAAGGACGGCUGCAUUCCUCUGUUCCUAGCUGCCGAGGCGGGAAAUGUCGGCAUCGUAAAGGAGCUUCUUGGAGCCAUGACAGAACCUCAGCUCAGAGUCCAGAGGAAGGGUUCAGGAGAUGCUGCUCUCCAUAUCUGCUGCAGAAGAAGAGAUGUGGAGAUGGCCAAGGUCCUGGUGGAGCUCGGGGCGGCCGUGGACCUGCAGAACGACGAAGGACAGACGCCUCUCCACGUGGCCGCCUGGGAGGGAGACGAGCUCCUGCUCAAGUUCCUCUACCAGUGCAAGGCUAACCCCAACAUAGUGGAUAAGAUGGAUCGGUCUCCUCUGCACAUCGCCGCAGAACGUGGUCACACAAACGUGGUGGAGGUCCUGACAGAGAAGUUCAAGUCUAACGUCUUGGCACGCACUAAGGAUGGCAGCACCCUCAUGCACAUCGCCUCCCAGUGCGGCCAUCCCGAGACGGCGCUGGCCUUCCUGAAGAAAGGCGUGCCCCUGCACAUGCCCAACAAGUCGGGUGCUGUGUGCCUGCACUCCGCCGCCAAGCGUGGCCACACGGCUGUAGUGAAGGCCCUGCUCCUCAAGGGGGCGCAAGUGGAUGCCACGACCAAAGAUGGCUACACUGCGCUCCAUGUUGCCGUGCAGAACUGCAAGCCCCUGGUGGUGCAGAUGCUGCUAGGCUUCGGGGCGCAGGUCCAGCUCAAAGGGGGCAAGGCCGGGGAGACCCCGCUACAUAUCGCUGCCACGGUGAAGGAAGGCGAGAGGGUGGCAGACAUGCUGCUGAAGAGUGGGGCCGACGUCGACGCACAGCAGGAGAAUGGGGAGACAGCUAUGCACAAAGCAGCCCACCACGGCAACCUGCAGAUGCUGAGAGCCUUGAUUGAGGAGGGUGGAGAUCUCACCAGGCGCUCUAAGGCUGGGGAGAACCCACUGCACAUCGCCGUGCGCCACUGCCAUGCCCACGUGGUGGAGGAGAUCCUCGCCUACCUGGCCAGUCAGAAGGGCCGUGAUGAGGCCCAGCAGUGCGCCAACCAGGAGAACCAGGAAGGAGAGACGCCCUUACACCUGGCUGCAGAGCUCGAGACGGACAUGACCCACUGUGAAGGAGAAGACAUCCGCGUCAUCAAGACCCUUAUGGAGUAUGACGCAAACGUCACUGCGACCACUAGAGGGACAGGGGAGACCCCUUUGCAUUACUGUGCCCGGGUUGGUAACACUGGCAUCCUGAAGGAGAUACUCACCAAUGUGAAGCUCAGCCAGGUGCAGCAGGCUGUUAACAAGCUGGCCAAGAAUGGCUGGACACCCCUGCUUCUGGCUGCCGAGAUGGGCCACACAGAGGCAGUCACCAUCCUGCUCGAGAACCAAGCCCGGGUGGACGUCUUUGAUGAGCACGGCAAGGCCACACUUCACCUGGCAGCCGAACAUGGCCACAAGGAGAUCGCUGACAUCCUGCUCUCCCACAAGGCCUUCAUCAACGCCAAAACCAAGCUGGGCAUGACCCCGCUUCACCUUGGCGCCCAGAGUGGUUCCACCCAGCUGGUGCAGCUGCUGGUGGAGACACACCAGGCCAGCAUCGACGCUCUGUCCCUGAACAAACAGACGCCCCUGCAUAUAGCUGCUGCCAGAGGACAGCUUGACGUGUGUAGCUGCCUGCUCAACAUGAAGGCCGACGUCAACGCCUGUGACAUGCACGGACAGACCCCCCUGCACCUGGCGGCGGAGAACGACCACUCCGAGGUGGUGAAGCUCUUCCUGAAGCACCGUCCUGAGCUGGCCACACUGGCCAACAUGGAGGGAGCCACCUGCGGCCACAUCGCCGCUUCCAAGGGCAGCGUGGCCGUAAUCAAGGAGCUCCUUAAAUUCAACAAGGGGGGCAUGACAUCCCCCCACAACAAGACAAAGGGUUCUUGUCCAUUGCACCUAGCGGCCAGCGGGGGUCACUCCGAGGUGGUUAAGGUCCUGCUGGAGGCGGGGGCAUCUGCGGCCGAGGAAAACGCAGACGGGAUGACUGCAAUUCACUUAGCGGCCAAGAACGGACACACGCACCUGCUGGAGGAGCUCAAGAGCAGCAUCUCCUGGAAUAUUAGCAGCACCAAGUCGGGACUCUCGGCCCUCCACGUAGCCGCUUGUUACGGCCAGGUGGACUUUGUGAGGGAGAUCCUCACCAAGAUGUUGGCCACCAUGCGCAGUGAGCCCCCUUCUGCCAGUACCCAGGAUGGUGCGCCAGGCCAUCAGCUGCCCGUAGAGUCCGGGUACACUCCCCUGCACCUGGCUGCCCAGUCCGGCCACGAGAGUCUGGUGCGGCUGCUGCUGAACUACCCCGGGGUGCAGGCAGACGCGGAGACAGACGUUCAGGGAUCCACCCCCCUGCACCUGGCCGCCCAAAACGGCCACACGGCAGUGGUGGGUCUCUUGCUGAGCAAGUCCAGCUCGUAUCUGCAGCUGAAGGACCGGCAGGGACGCACCUGCCUGCACCUGGCAGCGGCCAACGGGCACAUCUCCAUGGUUAGGGUGCUGCUGGGACAGGGGGCGGAGACCAACCACACGGACAAGGACGGCUGCACCCCCCUGCACUACGCGGCCAAGGCAGGCCGCCUGGCCAUGGUGCGCUUCCUGGUGGAGAGCGGGGCGUCGGCGCGCCUGGAGUGCCGGGAGGGACGCACAGCCAUCCAGUACGCGGCCGAGGAGAACCACCAGGGCACCGUCAGCUUUCUGCUAUGCCGGGGAAGCAACACCCUGCGUCUGCUGGAGGACAGGAAGUUCGUCUUCGACCUGAUGGUGUGCGGGAAGCUGAACAACAACCGGGCCCUGCAGGAGUUCGCGCUGCACUCGACGGCACCGCUGGACACGGCCGUGAAGCUGUCGCGGGCGCUGGGCCUGGCGGCGCUGCGGGAGAAGGAGCGCGCCAUGGACCUUCUGGCGGCGGCACGCUACUGCGAGGGCAUGGCCACCGAGCUGCUGACUGCGGCCUCAGGGGGCACCGUGGGCACCGCCGCCAUCCUGCGUGCAGUGGACCACCGUGGCGCCAGUGUGCUGGACUGCCUCAUCGAGGGCCAGCAGAAGGCCACCGUCUCGCACCCAGCCGUGCAGAAGCACCUGACCGAGGUGUGGUACGGCAGCCUCAGCUGGCCCUCCUGGCGGAUCGCCUUGUUCUUCUUUGGCCUGUUGGCGUGCCCCCCCCUCUGGCUGGUCCUCUCGUUGCCCCUUGGGCACCGCUUCAGCACCAUCCCCAUCGUGAAGUUCAUGAGCCACUUGGUGUCGCACAUCUUCCUCCUGAUUCUCUUCAUCCUCACCAUAGUCUACCCUCCGGUCAACCCUAUCCACCAGGGACACCUGUGGCCAGACUGGAGCGAGUGGUUGCUGUUGCUCUGGCUGUCGGGGAUGCUGGUGUCGGAGCUGACUCAGCCCGGACAGCGAGCCGGUCUGGCCUGGAUCCGACUGCUCGUCCUGGGCUUCUCGGCUGUAGGCUUCUUCUGCCACCUGCUAGCCUUCGCUUUCCUGCACCCCGCUCACCUCCACUGCCUGUUCGCCCGCAACAUCUUCCUGGCGGUCGCCAUGACGCUCAGCUUUGUGCAGCUUCUGGAGUUCCUGACCUUCCACCACCUGUUUGGCCCCUGGGCUAUCAUCAUCAGGGACCUCAUGAAGGACCUGGGCCGCUUCGCGGUCAUCCUGGUUCUCUUCCACACUGCCUUCACCAUGACUCUCUCGGCCGUCUACCAGCCUGUCUAUCCCGAGGGCUUCACUUGCGACCCCGAUGGGGACAACGGCACUGACAUACAGACGCCCCUGGAUAUCUCCAUCCAGCUGUUCUUCGCCCUCUUCGGCCUCAUCGAGCCCGACUCCAUGCCGCCCCUGAGCCGGUCCCCGGCGUUCGCCGGUGUGGUCACCCGCGUGGUGUUCGGGAUCUACCUGGUGGUGACAGUCAUCGUGCUGAUCAACCUGCUGAUUGCCAUGAUGAGCGACACCUACCAGCGAAUCCAAGCCCAGUCCGACACCGAGUGGAAGUUCGGCCGGGCCGUGCUCAUCCGGGACAUGAACCGCAAGUCUGGCACCCCAUCCCCCUUUAACCUCUUUACCAACCUCUUCUUCUACAUCAAGGUGCUCUGCAAACAUGGAGGGAAGGUCUGCUCCUCUGAGGCCAGAGACCUGAUGACUGAGGAGGAGGACACCGAGGGCCUCUCAGAAACAAGGUCUCUGGACAUGCUGGCGCGUACCUCCAUUGGCUGGAUGAGGAGCAACAAGAGGACACAGAUUCUCCCAGAAGGUGGCUUUGCACGGCCCUCCAGGACCAGUGGGCAGGUGCGUGUGGAGCAGGUGACAGAUUGGCAGGUGGUGUCACAGCGCUACCUCGCCCUGAGGGGCCAGAGUGACGAGAACUUGCUGGAGAGGGAUGCCAUCCUCCAGGAAGAACUCUCCACAACCCAACAUGGAUCAUGGUCCUCUGACAGGGCCCCCUAACAAGAUGGAGGAUACCGGACUAAAUGUGACAGUAUUACUGCCCUGCCUGUCCCCAUCUGUCUCACCUUCACCAUCCCAGGAAGACAAAUGAUGUUUACAGUCUCAUGGUAGAGCCAUAGUCAUCGAAUUUUGAUUUGUGUUCAUGAUUCACUGGACACUGUACUUUAAGCAUUAUGUGAGAGGUUCACAGAAAAGCAACUUUGGCUAAACAUACUCAGACGUAUAUAGGAUCUAUACUGCCUAUUAAACUGUAAGGAAGGGUUGUUUCAUUUGA